UCGAAGCCAAGCAAGGCUAGGUUCCAGUUUGUUUGAGCCUUAACCAAUUAGAAUGUCAUCGUUUUCUCUCACUACCCCAUAUUCCACUCUCCACUGCUCUACGAUCGUACGCGCCGAACGGAGCUUCAACGAAGCAACCACAUCCGUCCUACAAAAUCGGAAUCUCUUUCCGAUUUCUACAAAAUUGUUGAGAAUUUCUUCACGCAGACGCAGGUUUCACGUGAACUCUGUUCACUCAGACGCCGAAACUGAAGAACCUCGAACUCAGUAUUCGCGCGAAAAGAAUGCAGUUUCGAGCGGUGGAAGCAGCCUUUCUACAAGUUUUCUAUCUUAUCUCUGCCCCUUGCUCAAGCUUUUCGCUGGAGGAGAUCCUUCGGGAGAAAGGAAUUUUACUUUGGAGGUAGCCACAUCUUCCUUAUCUACAUUGGCAAGACUUCCGUGGGGCUCAAGAACAGUGUCGGAUAAUUCUCGCAGCACCACUAGGAAUACUAAUUUGGGACCUCUGUUGCCUUUGCAACUCUAUGAAUUUGCAGAGGCAUGCCCCUUUUGCAGGAGGGUUCGUGAGGCCUUGACUGAACUGGAUCUUGCAGUAGAGUGUGACCAUCUGAUUCAAUCCAAUGUUUAUCCUUGUCCUAAGGGUUCCAUUCGACAUCGGGACAUAGUUAAGAAAUGUGGUGGCAAAGAGCAGUUUCCGUUCCUUACCGAUCCAAAUACUGGUACUUCAAUGUAUGAAAGUGGUGAUAUCGUGAAAUACCUCUUUCAGCAGUAUGGAAAUGGUAGAAACCCCUCAACAGGGCUUCUAGCAAGUACAUUGUUCACGGGGUGGGUGCCAACAAUUCUUAGGGCUGGUAGAGGAAUGACGUUGUGGGGAAAGGCUGCACCAGACCCACCGCCCAAAAAAUUGGAACUUUUCUCAUAUGAAAACAAUCCGUAUGCUCGAAUUGUGCGCGAGGCAUUAUGUGAGUUGGAGCUUCCUUACAUCCUCCAUAAUGUGGGACGAGGAUCUUUACGGACAAAGUUACUCCUUGACGUUUCCGGAUCUAAAGAGGUACCUUAUUUUGUCGAUCCCAAUACUGGUAUUGAAACUGGCAACUACAAGAUGAUUUUGUCUUAUCUAUUCCAGACGUAUUCUGCAGCCACCCUGUAAUUUUGGUUUCUGAUACCAAUAGAAGUCUUUGCUAAACAUGCUUCUAUAUAGUCGCAAAGGUCUUUUUGUACAAGAAGAAAAAAACCACAUGAUACUCCUUUAGUAGCUAAGGUGUUCUGGCCUAUUUUAUCCUUAAAAUUGUUGUGCCUUUCUAAAUCCCUAUUGAUGAAUAAGUCUAAUCAGUUAUUAGAUUACAUGAUCAACAAAAGAACUUUGAUGCUAGAUAGACCAUACCACCAUUAAGAUGCUACUACCGAAGGAAUUCUGAAGACGAGAAUUUGGAGUGACCAUUUAUACUUGCUGCUAAUAUACUAUAAUCAGCUCGUAUUACAUUUUAAUGAAACAAUACAUUCUUUUCAAUAUUAAA